AGAUAAACCGCCCAGACGUACUUUCCUCAGUCUAGUGGCAACCGCGCAAGGGAAAAGUCGUUUCGAACCAUUGAAAGCCAAUUGUCGGACGGUCGUUUUCGAAGGAAGUGAUAAGAGCUCAAAUACACUUGGAGGAGGAGUAAUAACAAAAAGAAUUAAAACUUGUCGUACAUGGACCAAUGAUUGAUUGUUUAGUGUUCCGGAGCAGUUGUGACAUAAAUGAUUCAUAAACAAAAGCGCGAAAUCGUUUGCUGAUGGUUGAUUCGGUGGCUACAGAUUUUGCAAACCGCCGGUUAUUUACUUUGGACCGAAACCUUUCUGAUAGCAGGCGGAAAUGAAGAGCGUGCAGCAACUCAUCUUGGAUAGAAUUGUUAGAGUAACGUAAUAGUAAUGCGUUCUGUUGAAAGAAGAAAGUUACGUUUAUUGAUAUUAGUAGCAAUUUUAAAACUAGUGACAGCCGAGAAAACGGAAAAUGUUACAGAAAGUCCUUCGACUGUCUCAGCAAUGUCGCUUGUUGGAACUGCUGCGUAUGUCGAGGAGACAACCCGUUCCGGGAUAAACACUGACAAUCCUUGCCUGACAGGAACAGUAGAAAACUUGAACACGCAACUAGUGUCCAAGUAUUCCAUUCAGUUGAGUUGGACAUUGCCAGACGCUGUUCGGCCAUGUGUCCAAUACAUUCAAAUUGGCAGUUCUACUUGGACUGUCAACAUCAGCAAGGAGUUGACUGUUUACACCUUUGACGAUCUCAAACAGUGCGAACCAUUCCAGCUGGAUGUACGAAUCGUAUCCGUGGAUGGGACGGUUGGUCCUCCAAAGGUAGCUGAGGUUGCCGAAGUCAUGAGUAUAAGUGUUACCUAUGUAUCCACUUCGGAAGCGGAGAUCGGUUGGAAUUUUCUGUCGGAAGCGGUGCAGUGUUUACAGAAUGUCACCGUCGUUGGUGAGCAGUUUGAACAAACAGUGAAGUUUAAUGAAACUGUGAUUAUUUCUGAACUAAAGGUGUGUCAUAGUUAUCAUUUUAAUGUGACGGUUAGUUUCACGAAUGGUAGAUCCUACGCGCAAUCUGUUGUAGUAGAUAACCGUGAUCAGUUACAAAUUGAGAUGUCGAUUCAAUCAGAUCGUGUUGGCUGGACAUAUCCACAAGAAGCAUUGGGUUGUUUAAAAAGUUUUUUUAUUAGGCAGAUGAUACCGUUGAAACGAAUGAUAUCUGAAAACAGCUACGUAUUGACAAACGAAAGUACUACUGGAUUAUUUUCGUAUCAGCUAAUCGAUCCGGCCGAAGUUUGUGUGGCUCGGGUGAUAACUAUAAUUCCUCAACGUGAAGCAGGAUCCGUCAGUGGGAGGCGAUCUACGAAAACUUUCGCACCUGCAGAAAUCGAACAGUUGAAGUUCGAAGAUGUGUCGGUCGAAACUGUGCCCGGAAGAAAAGUGCUACUGUCUUGGAAGAAACCCACUUUGUAUGGUGAAUGUGUUAAGGAAUACAGAGUAUCUUUUCUGAACCAGUCAGUUACAGUGCCAGCCCAAGAAAGCAGUGUGAUAAUCAGUGGAUUGGAUGCGUGUCGAACUUAUUGGCCCAUUCUCGAGCUGUUCGAUGUAGAAGGGGGGAUUAGGUCAAGAGUUUGGAAAAAUGUCACUGUUCAAGAAGAAGCCAUUGGCAGUGUGCAGUUCCUAGAGCUGGUCGAAAACGAUGCAGGAAUUCCAUGGUUACAGUGGGAAGUGUCCAAUGAAUGGGCCUAUUGUGUAAGCUCUUAUAAGGUGGAAGAGAACUACUAUGAUGCUGCGGAACAAAAAGAGAUGCGGAACAUUCUCGAGAAGCUUGUCGAAGAACCAAGUGUAACAUCCGUUCAGCUCACUGCUCCUGACGUUUGCUUCCUGAUGAAUGUCAGUGUCACCCCAAUUUCGAGGACCAAUGUUGCGGGACCAACGUCCUCCGUAGAUCUUCGUGGCCUUGUACAGCAGCUUAAUGUGCAGCAGAGCUCACCAGACUCGGUUACGAUGAGCUGGGAGCCACCGCAGUUUGUCUCGAAAUGUGUUACUCACUACCUGAUCUUUAUGAAUGGUCUUUCGGACCCUGUUGUUAAUACUUCCUCCAACCGGGUUCUAAUCUCUGAUCUGGAAUUAUGUAAAAAUUAUACCUUUGAAGUUGUAGCUGUCGGACAAAACCGGGUAAGGCAUUCGCCUUCGGGCGUGAGCAUCUUUUUGGACGAUCAUAUUUCCGCUGUUGAAUCCGUGUCGACUACACUCAAUACGAUUCGCUGGGAAGCACCUACUAGAGGAGCUGCGUGUGUCGCACAUUACUUGAUCACGCAAACUGAUCCAGAAACCGGAAGGUCACUGUUCAUUCAAACGGUUAAUGUAAGGCUCUUGGAUUUGGCGGCGUUUGAUAGUGUUGAGAAAACUACUGAAACCUGUGAAAUUCCAAUGAAUGUUGACAUAAUUCCGAUAUCUCAAAGCGGAAUGGAGGGCGAUUCUCGUAAAUUGGUACCAACUCUAGGCCCUGUCAGAGAAAUCCAGAUUGAUGAUACCGUUGAACGGCAGAUCAAAAUCCAAUGGCAGCCGCCGAAGCAUUGCGCAGAAUUUGUGAAAGGAUAUCGUGUGUCGUAUCUGGAUAAGAGUCUCUUGAAUGAGGCUGAUGAAACUUCCAUAAUAAUAACUGAAUUGGAUGCGUGUGUUAAGUACAAUUUCACGAUCACUCCGAUCGACACUGACGACGCGGACGGAAAACCGAGGAGUGUCUCUGCAACGGUUAAAGAAGAAAGCUUGAGUGCCGUGGUGGAUCUGAGCCUAGAAGAGGCAGAUUUCGGUCUCAGCGUCAAAUGGAAUCCCCCAGAGAAUGGAACCUACUGUGUCGCUCAUUAUCGUGUUGUGGCGUGGCUUCCAGAAAAGGAGGUCUUCUGGAAUGAGACCUCCGAUACACACGUAACACUGGCUGAGGUGAUGGCGUGUGCAACGUACCAUGUGCAGGUAAUUGCGGUCUCUAUAACCAGCAAGGAGUGUGGGCAUGAUACCGCGGAAAUCACCACUAAAGCAAGGGUUAUUAUGAAGCAUCACAUCCAGGUUGUCCGGUUGGUAAAUCACACGGCCCAUAGUUUGGAGCUACAAACUAGUCUUACAAGUGAGAAUAACAAUAUGUGCUCGUUGACGAUGGCACUGUUUAUCUGUCGGAUUGAGGGAGAGCAGCCCAAAGAGUUCACCGGAAGUUUAUUGAUCGAGGACCCGAAUGCAACGUACACGGGAGUGGUCACCUCACUGAAUCCGUACACCGAGUACAACUGCACCGCAAGGAUCGAGAACGCUGCUGGACUUUCCGAUGAACCCACUUCGAUCGAGUUCCGAACCGAUGAAGAUUUUCCAGAGCAACCCCGCAACCUGACGCUUAUCGGCGGAAGUCAUUCAAUAGAACUCAACUGGGAGCCUCCUCUGGUGAAGAACGGUAUCAUCACCCGAUAUCGGAUCCAUGUAAUAUCGAGCGGAGCCGAUUAUCCGAGGCCAAGUUACUGUGAACCGCUGGAGGAGUUUAGCGAAACUUUCGAUUAUUAUCACGAAGAAGAUGCAUCAAAGUUCGGAGGUCAUGGUGAACAGGGAUUGAAAUAUACUGUAGAACAUCUGAGACCAUUCAUCAAUUAUGUGGUCCAGAUAGCGGCGGCCACGAAAGCGGGGCUCGGUCCGUACACGGAGAUGUUAUCUGGGCGAACUUUUCCAGCCCAGCCUGACCCUGUUUACGAGUUCGCCGAAUAUAAUGUCACCCUGUCAGUUGUGGACGAGCCGUACAAUUCAUCUGUGUUUAUUUCCUGGUUCUUGCCGUGUUACCUAAAUGGUCAUCUUCGAAGCUUCAUGGGCCAGUUCAUUGGCUUUAGGGCAGGUUUGGAGCACGCACUGGACUGGAGCUUGACGAUUGCAGAUGGCGAGGUCAUUAGUGAUAAAUAUACUUUCGUAGAGCAUCGCUUGGAACCGGAGUUCCAAUACAAUGUUUCUAUUCUGGUGUUUGUAAAUGAUGUGGCCAACCAUAGCCACCCGAAGUUCCUUUCGUUCGAGUCACCAGCAGGAAUACCCGUGAUUAAAGAUGACAUCAAUUGGGGCACUGUGGACGUAAUGGAGGCCCCAAAUCCAACCCAAACGGCGAAGAUAAGUUUGUCGCAGGAUAUUUUCGACUCGCAGGUCGGAAGCAUACGACACGUGGCGUUGCUGCUUUCUGAGCGGCGCUGCCAGGCGGAUCCAAUUCCAAGCAGAAAUUUAUCCACUGGAUGGCCUGACCUGUUGUCUUGGUCGCAGGUAUUCGGUAUGCAUUGCACUGCUCAGUACCAGACGACACCACAAGAGUGGAGCCCCGUUCAGGUGGUUAGUACGAAUCAGCAGACCCGCGAACAAGCCCCAGUUGUGUAUGUUAUCGGAAACGAGACAUGCGAGGAUCGGCAAGGCUACUGCAACGGGCCUUUGAAACCCGGUACAGAGUAUGCGUUGGUUGUUAGGGUUUUCACCCAGAGUGGUUUUAGUGAUUCAGCUUUGCAAUUUUUUCAGACAGACUCUUUAAUCCAGCUAACCCUCAUCGUGGCCACAAUUUUCGUCUGCCUGCUGGUGGCAUUUAUGCUUGGAAUUAUAGUUCUUUGGCAUCAUCAUAAACUGGUGGCAGAUACGCAAGUUGCCGUUCGCUCGCCGAAUGAUGAACCAGCGGAUAUACCGCUGAAAAGUUUUUCCGGGAUUUAUGAGGAGUUGAUUCAAUCGAACAGGGAGAAAAUUAUGAAGGAAUAUCAAUCGAUCAACUAUUUUUCCGAACAGUUGCUCAAUGACCGUUUCUUCGUGGGAAAAGAAAACGAGAGAAAGAACCGAUAUCUGGGAAUUAUGCCGUACGAUGGUAAUCGCGUUCCGCUUGAUUUUGACGAUAUUGUGGGCGAUGAGGAUGAGGAAGUGAAUGAUUACAUUAAUGCGUCCUUUAUCGAUGGCUACAAGUACCAGCGGGAGUACAUCGCAACGCAGGGACCGAAAAAGGAGACAACAUUCGACUUUUGGCGUAUGAUUUUGCAGUACGAGGUGGAAUCGAUAGUCAUGCUGACGCAACUGGUGGAAAACGAUAAGAUUAAAUGCUAUCAGUAUUUUCCGCGCUACAACCAACAGGCAAGCUUUCGGGAUGUGACGAUCAAGUGCACCCAAGAGCUGAAUUUGACGUUCUACAAGAAGCGGCUGCUAAUGGUGACGAGAGGAAACAUCCGUAGAGCAGUCUUCCACUAUCAUUUCCUAGUGUGGCCAGACCACGGUUGCCCCGCUAGUCCGACGGAUUUGAUCCGAUUCAUCAAAGCGGUACGCUCGGAGCGAAAGAACCUCGCGCUGCCAGUCGUUGUUCACUGCAGUGCCGGAGUGGGUCGAACAGGGACAUUGAUUGCCCUCGAUAUCAUCAUUCAGCGAAUACAGCAGGAGAAAAAAAUCAACAUAUACGACACGGUGAAGCAGUUGCGCCGUCAGCGGGUCAAAAUGGUUCAGACUAGUGAUCAGUAUGCAUUUCUGUAUCAAAGUUGCUUAGAGUAUACUACAAGAAACGGUAGAAAAAAACCAAAGACCAGUAGUGAUGAGAUUAGUACCGAAAGCAGUUUGAGCAGCAGCGUUCCGAAUGGAAGUUUUCGGAAGCCACGAAUUAAAAUAAAAUUCCCUAAAUAUUUCCAGAGCGGGAUUUCGAAUGUCAAGACUUACGCACCGGACGACAUUGAGAAUCGCUCGUAGAAUCAGAGUGGAUACUGAAAAGUGAUAACCUUAAGACUAUAUAUUUGAAUUGAUGUCUGUGAAUUGAUACCUUAACUAGUCAUUUGAGUAAAAAAAUACGCACAAUGAUAAGAUUCAGUGGAAAAUCCGAUUUUAUUAGUAUUAUAUGUACAAUUUGAAAUACGUUUACUAACAGGAGAAAAUACAAUGUACACACUAGCCGGAAUUUAUUGCGCGGCGACUUGUCAGGUAAAUAUAAAUAGUUCACUAGAUGCCAAACUUAUCAC